AUGAAACCAGUAGUAUCGACAUUCCAAGCAUAUUGUUGUUUCAUAUUAUCGACAUUUGCAAUAGUAAUAUUAUCAGUGAUUGGAUUUUUAUUUAAGUCAAACAGUGAAUCAUUUAUGGGGUCAAUAAAUGAUCCAACUGAUGGUGAAGCAGUUGCUAAAACUGUAUUCGGUGGUGUUUUUGUUUAUUUGGGUUUCUUUGCAUUUUGUGGAUUACAAAUAUUGUUGAUUAAAAGACAGAGUAGAAUUAAAUUGUGA